CGGAUAUUGGCAUAGGCACCAAGACUUACAUUCUACACCUAAUAUGAAAAAUAUUCAAGAAAAAAUUGUAAUAUUUAGUUUUAUAAGCUGUUCGAUUCUUAUUGCUUAAUCUCUUCAGUUUAAACUUUAAAAUAUAGCGGUCUUAUCAAAUCCUCAUCUGUGACAAUGUAAAAAAAUCUUAAUUCUCUGUGGUUGAUGUUUUAUUAGCGAUGCGAGUAAUGUUUUAUUGUUAGUUUUAUCGUUUUUAGUAGGAAUAUAGUAUUAUUAUGAGUUUUACUGAAAAUGAAGACGAAGUUACAACAUUUUGUGAUUCAGCGGCAUCUUUGGUGGAAGGAUGUCGUCUGCCAGUUCGAAUGCAAGGCGGCGACGACUGGCCUUUAGCGGAAAUUAUAAGUAUCAAAGAUAUUAGUGGAAUGAGAGGAUACUAUGUUCACUAUGUCGACUUUAAUAAGAGAUUAGAUGAAUGGGUUGAGGAAUCAUGGCUUGAUACAAGAAAAGUUCAGUUCCCACGAGAUGGGGCACCAACUGGUGGGACAACCACACCAAAGAAGACACAUAUUGGAUCAGGAGAUGAUAACGUCUGUAUUGAACCACAGAAGUCACAAAGCACUCCACAUAGAGAAAUUAUUCAAAUACCACCAAAAAUACCUGAAAAAAGUCAUUCCAACCAUGCACUUAAUGGCUCAGCUCAAAAGUUUACACCUGUUGGUAUCGAGCCCCGUCAGCUCAUAUCGAGGCCAGCAAGCCCGACCCUCGGUCAUGAUUCUUCAUCUCUAGUCAACGGCGGCGCUGUACUGGCGGCCGCGUUACAGAAGAAAAUUAAUAGGAAACGCAAGGCUGUUUCUGUUGAUAACGAUGUGUCUGUUACGUCGGAAACAGCAGAGUCGAUUGAGAACGAAACUGUAAGUGGGACGGCGACGCCUACCACCCGACCUCGUCAGUCGGGGAGUAUGCUCGCCCAUGGGCACGACGAUGUGGUCACGAGGAUGAAGAAUAUAGAAAUGAUUGAACUUGGCAGACAUAGGAUACGGCCUUGGUACUUCGCUCCUUAUCCACAGGAAAUGGUCAAUUUGCCGUGUAUCUAUAUAUGUGAAUUUUGUUUGAAAUAUAGAAAAAGUAAAAAGUGCUUAGAUCGUCAUCUUAUAAAAUGUAAGCUAAAACAUCCGCCCGGAAACGAAAUAUACAGAAAAGGAAGCAUUUCCUUCUUCGAAAUCGAUGGCCGAAAGAAUAAGACGUACGCGCAGAACUUAUGCCUUUUAGCGAAACUUUUCUUGGACCACAAGACUCUGUACUACGAUACGGAUCCCUUCCUUUUCUAUGUUAUGACGGAUUUUGAUACAAGAGGUUUUCACAUAGUUGGAUAUUUUUCAAAAGAGAAGGAGAGCACAGAGGAUUAUAACGUAGCGUGUAUAUUAACUUUGCCCCCUUACCAAAGGAAGGGUUAUGGUACAUUACUUAUAGAAUUUAGUUAUGAAUUAUCGAAGUUCGAAGGGAAAACUGGUUCCCCAGAGAAGCCCCUGUCGGAUCUCGGCCUUCUCUCAUACAGAAGUUAUUGGGCACAGACAAUACUCGACAUACUUAUUAGUAUAAAACCAAUGGCAGAUAAUGAGAAACCACUGAUAACUAUCAAUGAAAUAUGUGAAUUAACCAGCAUAAAAAAGGAGGAUGUUAUAAGUACGCUACAGAAUUUGAACCUCAUCAACUAUUAUAAGGGACAAUAUAUAAUUUCCGUGAACCAGGAGACAGUACAGCAGCAUCAGAAGGCGAUGGAGAGGAAAUUGUUGCGGAUAGACCCGAAAUGUCUGCACUGGACGCCCAAAGACUGGUCGAAGCGAGCCAAAUGUGUUUGAAGUUUCCGAGAGCUACGAUCUCAAGUAUGGUUCAAUUUUAUUAACUAACCCCUCAUCGAUUUCAUGGCACAAGCACUAAUACUAAUAGUCUAUGUUUCGAAUUGUUUUGUCUUUGAUUUUGUAUUCUGAAACUGAUUCAUGAACAUAUAGAUAUAUAAGGAAGUCAUUGACAUGUAAAAAGUAUAAAAUAAAUAUUAAUAAGAGCCGUAUUUAUUCAUAAUUUCAUACGCAUCAAAUCCCGGUGGGGGUCUCGGGAGAUCUCCAAUUGUCUAGAAACACUCUUCGCUCAAAGGCCGGCGACGCACCCACUAAAUGAUGAUGAUAUUAUAAAAAAAAUUCAUACAAAAUUUUAUCAUCACUGAGCCAACCCAUAAUAACAGUGAAAAUCAAAAUAUGACAACAGAACCUUGAAUUGAACCGUGUAAGGCAGUGUUUUCUAACUUGAAUCCCAAGGCCCACAGUGGGCCAAUUGGGUUGUUCAGUUGAAUUUAUUUUUUUAAUAAUUAUUUGGCAUUUCAGUUUUUCAUUAUAUGUUUUGAAAUCUAUUUAUGUGUUUCGUUAAUUUCCAAGUAAUUCAUUUACAUUAUUUUUAAAUGGGUAAUAUUCCUAUGGAGCAGUGUUAGCUACAGCGUGUGAAUCUCAUCUCUGAGGUCGUAGGUUCGAUCCCAGGCUGUGCAUCAAUAGAUUUUCUGUCUAUGUGCGCAUUUAACAU